AUGACCAUGCCAGAAUAUAUGUCCUUGAUUGCCGCGAGAUGGGAAACAAUUGGACUCUUAUUUGCAGUCUUAGGGACGGCUACUUUUCAUAUACCGGAUGAUGAUCCUGUCUUUACACACAACCCCUGGAAUAUCGACAGAAGGCAACUGAGGAACAUUUCAGUUGCUGUCAGUGAGAUCUGCUGUCAAUUCUGCAAUCAUUCUGGAUUUACCAGUGAUCCCUUAUGUUGGCUUGUGACUCAACAGACAGUGCUUCUCACUCUUAUGGCUGGUAAAAGUGACUUUAGAACUUGGCAAAAGCUGGGUGACCUAUCAACUAUCACCUAUGCCAUCGGCCUGCACCGACCUAGUUCAAACCUCGAAGAAAAAUGUCCGUUCUUCCUUGCUGAGAUACGUAAACGAGUUUUGGCAUGUGCAUAUUCACUUGACAAGGAACUGGCUACAACGUUAGGACUUCCACCCCGGAUCUGCUCUAGAUACUGUUGCAUCGAACUUCCUCUGGAUUUGAGCUAUGAGGAAAUCAUUGCUACGCCAAGCGAGGUCGAGCAGGCGCUACAGAGCCUUGAUCCUAAUGGCUGGAAUAUUAAAGGAAGCUUGACCCUUGAGGUUAGGCUCCGCAUCGCUUUGUUGACAAGUUUCAUGAGGGAAAAUAUUCUAGAGCUGUCUAUGAGCCAUCAGACUGAUGACCUUCUAGACCGAGUCGAGAAGAUGAUCAAGGAUUCUCGCGAGAUGCAACAAGCCCUUCCUCUCUUUUUACGUUGGACGCCAAGUGAAUCUGAGUCGAAUUUCGCUAACGAAAGUCGUUCUCUAACACACCUCGAAUUCACAUACCAAGAGUUUUUACUAUAUCGGAUUGUGUUGAAGCGGCUAGAAAUCAAAUUACAGGGACUGAUUGAUACUUCUUGCGAAAUCAUUUCCACGCUGCUUAAUCUUACUACACUACGAACCAGAUCUGCAAAGUCUAUGCAAGAUGUGUCCUGGGAUUUAUGCUACAUGGGUCUCCCUGCUGCAGGGAUUUUAACCACCGAGUUACUCAACAAACAGUCUACCGCUACACAACUACCCAUACAUUCACGAUCCCAGAUGAUCCAAAAGCUCAGCAUCUUUGUCUCACAUCUAAAAUCCUUUAUUGAACCGCAUGAGGGAAUAUAUGAGGUUGCUCAGCAAGGCGCGAGCAUAAUUUGCAAGGUUCUGGAUCAGGUCCUUUCUGUUGGUUCCUUGGAGUCAGUUGCACUUGCUUCAGGUACUGACUGGCCUGAGAACUGGUUUGGUAAUGAAAACCUAGAUAUAGGUGAAGAUGAUCUCAUGCCUUGGCUUGAGAAUAUUGGCUGGGGUCAGGAUCCCUGGUUAUAUUUCACAUGAGCCUUAUGGACUCGAUGGUGUCAGAUAAUCCGGAUAUCCAACAAGGCGGAAAGAUCAGCCAUUUGAUCUUGAAUGUCAACUAGUCACCUUAGAGCAAAUAUUUGGGCACCUAGAUUUCAGCCUAAUGUUUACCCCUCAUGAUGGCUCACAAAUCAUCACACCAAUAUGUCCAUAUAAACCAAGCUUUGGAACCUCAUGUAUUCAGACACACAGACAACUCAAUACACACAAUCUUGCUAGUCAAUUCUUCUUUUACUGUCCCUGUUAGCUACUACUCAGAAUUAGCUUGGAGUCAACACACCAAUCCGACAGAUGGGAACCUCGCUCCUGAGGGAAAGAGAGAAGAUAAGAUAGUGCUAUGAUAUGACGAGGUUGCACUAUAUAUCAGAAAUUCUACGGUGCAUUAAGCAAGAGAGUUGAA